AUGUAUAGUGUGGGACACGCCCUCCUUGUCGCGGGCCACCUUGUCGCGACCACCUUGUCGCGACCACUUUGUCGCAGGCCACCUUGUCGCAGGCCCACCUUGUCGCAGGCCACUUUGUCGCAAGGGGUGAAAAAUUUUUAUGCUGAUAUGGAGAGUAGGAAAGAGGCAUUCUGUGCACGAUCGGGGUUUUCUGGAGUAAUCUGGUUCGGUUGUACUCUGUCAAAACCUCCGGAAGAAUUUACCCGGAUAAGAGAAAAUAAUAAAAGGGAAAAAACACUCAAAAACUUUAUCAAAAAAUUUUUAAAAAAGCCAUUGUCGCGCUUCACUAAUUAA